AUGAAGCGAAAAUCGUGUUAUUUGUUCGCUGGAACAUUGUUGAUCUUAAUUUGUGUUAUUCGCGGCGGAACAAAAGGUCAGACUUUUAUAACUUUACUUAUUAUAAAGUAUCAAGCUUGCCCAAGUUCAAGAUAUCGUCACAUUUUAAAACAUGGUGAUAUUACAAAAUUGAUGCGCCAGAGAUAUUUGUGACUUGUAGUAAACACCAAAGUCUACACAGACAUGCAUAUAUGGUCGUUUAAAAAUAAUCGAUCCUAAUAAGUUUUCGUUUUAUUAAUUUUUCCUAUGAUUUACAUAUAUGAAAAUCGGAUUAAGAGAAAACCAAAUUUACAAAUUUCACAGCUAUCAUAAUACAUGUAUGUGACAAGACCAUAUAACUAUGUGCCAACAACAAGAAAGCUUCAGAUUGAUUAGGAUACAACUACCUGAAAAAUACAAGGAGAACUUCGACUUUAGAGUGAAGGCCCUUCGUCUGGAGUUACUGGAUGAAGGGCCUUCGCGCGGAACGUCGAAAUUCUCCUCAUAUAAAUUUUUCAGGUAGUUGCAUCCCUAUCAAUCCAAAGCUUUCUUAUAAAUGCAUAGCUAAUCUGGCCACAAUACCCAAAUGCCAAUGUCUUUAUUCAACUUCAUUCACAGAUUCUAGACACCGCCACACGAACUCGACUAGCAUUAGUAACAGCGACUCUUGCGAGACAAGUCCUGUUCGUCGGAAUGUCACAUUACGAGGAGGAAUUAAGGCCGGAUAUUUUCAUAAGCUGGCCCAAUAUGUUGCUAUGGAGUUGUGUGUGCAGUUAUGUUGUCAGGAGAAGGGCUGUGAUGUGGCAUUUAUGAUUGGCAAAAAUUGCUAUGGUGUGAAAUGCUUUAGCGAGGAGUUGUGUCAUGUUGUGCCUGCUAACAAUGCUCCACGAGCGCUUAUGAUUUCCAAAGUUGAUUUCAGGGGCGAAGGUAAGUCACUGAAGUACUGAACUCAAUGUAUCAAUGGAGUGAUAUUUCAGUUAGAGAAGAAGCUCGUAUCAGUUUAGGGAGGAGCUCCGUCAUGUAGUGUUUGCAAAAAGUGUUCUUAAAAUAUAUACAAAACUUCCCAAGUUAAUUUCAGGGGUAAUGGUAAUUGACUAAGAAAACUAAGAGUGUUUUAAUACAAGUUUCUAUGACAUGCAAGGUCACUGUACUCUUUUGCACAUGGAGUUAUAAUCCUUUCAACAUUGAAAAUAUAGCAUACUGUUAGUCCAAUAUAUUAUGCACAGUAGUACAGUAUGUUGCCAUAUAGCAUCAGUCCAUGCACAACUAAACUGACACUGGAAAAAAGGUGAAAUCCAUACUACGAAAUUUGCAAUUGCACCACUAAAUCCAUAGUAUAUCCAUCCUAUUUCCAUACUAUAUCCAUACUAUGGAAAUAUAUUAUUAUAAUGGAUAAUCAAAAUCCAUUCUAUUUCCAAUAACGGUUCAUACAAUUUUCAUUCUAUGACUUUCUAUGGAUUUUCAAAUUUUUUUCCAGUGUGAGUGACAGGGAGGUAUAUAGAUUAGAGAACAAUAGAAUUUUAAAGACAAUGGAACAACAUUCAGAUCACUGAAUCAUGACUAAUGACAUCGAGAAUUGCAAGAUUUUCAAAUCAAUAAAAAGAUAAUGAAACAUCCCAAUCACUGAAUCAUGACCGGAGGACUUAGAAAACAGGACAAUAUUCAAAACAAUGAAAAGACAAUGGAAAUUCUGAUCACUGAAUCAUAGACAACAAAGAAAACAGUGGGAUGUUAAAAAGAAUGAAAACAUUCCUUUAAAUUCCCAAACAUAACUUUAGUUGAGUUACUGCCUUACUGGGUAAUAUGCAAAUUAGUUUACUCCCACGUUGAGGGUGUCAUCAUAUACACAGAGAAUUUAUAUGUAUUAUUAAACAGCAAAGUUUAGUAUUGAAUGGGACAAUUUUCGAUCACAUCUGACUUCUCUAAUAUGGUCACCACUCUAACAGAAACAGUUCGCUAUUUCCAGAAAAAAAUCUUAUAUGUUUUUUAUUAAAGAUAAUCUUGAUAAUGCACUCUCUAAUACAGUCAACGGACACUAAACUCUGCCCCAGAAAAGAAAUAGAUAUAAAAAUAUUUUUCAUUAUUCUAGUCUAUCUCCAAAAGUUUAUGACAGAAAGAUUAAAAUGUUUCCAAACAUCAGUAGAACACAACGUCACGUUAAAAGGUGGCCUUCAAGCGGGAAAUUUCACCGCGGUCGGCCAUGUUGAAAAUAUUGACGCAUGCGCGAAGUUAUGUUGCGUCAGAGACGGCUGUGAAUUAGCGUUGAUGGUGAAUAAUCAUUGUUUCAUGGUUAAUUGUCUGAUUAAGGAACGGUGUCUAAGUACGCCUGUUAUGAAUAAACAAUUUCGCACCCAUAUCGCUAGAGUGAACAGAACUAAAGUGAUUGCCAAAGAACAACAGACAGGUAAGCAUUUUUAAAGUUCUUUACAAGCCUGGAAGUUGUGGCGGAAACAUUGUUUCUUACCUAUGUUUCCCAAAUGUGGGUAAAACAAAUGUUUUGGAUGGUUGGCAUAGAAGAAGACAUUGUUUCCCAAGCCACAUCGCCGAAUUAUGAAGGGGGCAAUAUGGUUUCAAUUAAGUUUGCAAACAAAAAAUCGGUUUAUAAACUCGUUGUUGUUGACAAAUAUUUUGCUUGCCAGAAUGAGAACCUAGUGCAUGUUCAGCAAUAAUGACAGUCAAAGUUUCCAACGAUGGAAAAACAGGUUAAAAUUAACUGGAACAUCGGAAUUUCAACAUAAACGAAUUAAACUGACUUUCAAUAUCUAUCCUUUGGAUUUGACUUAACAGCCAUAUUGUAAUUUAGAGAUAGGUACGUAAUAGGACCUCUUAGGGACUGGAGUAUUGUAUCAGUUUUUGGUAAUCUUCAACAUAUAUGACAAAAAAAUUUUUUCAAGUUUUUUUGCUUCCCUACACGAGCGCUAUAAGGCAAAAUGCCACCAAAUUUAGUAAUACCAAUUUUCUGCCGAUCCCUGUGUCAACAAAAAUGUCGCUUGUUUAAGCUCGCUAUUAUCGAAAUUAGAACCUUUCAUGCAAAUAGCCUUUUUGAGAUUGUUUACCAUUUACUUCAGACUGAAGGAUAUGAUGGAAACUUUUACUCUGUUACUGCAUCUCUAAGGAAAUCAAUUUAGGACAAGACCAAUAGAACUACGCAGUUUAAAUGAAGUAACUUUAGUUCAGGUUUCUUCAUGAGACUAAAUUAAAUUUUCCAGGUGGGAUUUAUAAAUCACACAAGUGAAAGGCAACCGUGUUUAAAUAUCUUUAAAUAAUAAUAAUAAUAAUAAUAAUAAUACUGCUCAUGUUCGUUAUUAUAACUCGAUAUAGUUCGUGCACUCAGUUCAGCACCGGGCAAAACAUCAAAGCUGAUGUGCAAGAAUGGUAUCGUACAAUACAACCAAACAUUAUUGGGCGGUUUCGACGCGGGGAAGUUUAAACUCCUCUCACAUUCUGCGAACAUGUCUGCCUGUAUUCGCCUCUGCUGUGGAGAGAUGACUUGUGAUGUAGCGUUCAUGAUCGAGAGGAAGUGUUAUGGAGUUGUGUGCAGGACGUUGAGAUUGUGUGAAACCAUUCCGGCCAAGACAUCUACCAUGUUGAAUCAUCUCAGCCCCAAGAUCUCGUAUAUUACCAGCAGGAAUGAAGAAGGUGAGCUAUAAUAUGCAGAUUUUUAGCCAUAACGGGAAACUAUCAGGGCCGUACACACCGGGGGGGGGGGGGCAGUGGGGGAAACUGCACUCCUUCUGACAUUGUUCAAAACCGAUUGGUAUUAUUGGAAGCCUUUUCACAUUAUUUUUACUGAAGAAAAACUGAAGCUGUCGAUCUCAUUGCCGCCUCUCAAAACGUUCCAAAACAUAGACAACAAAAGUCUCAGUGAUAGUAUAUUAUGACGGCAAUAAGAAAACGGUUUGAUGCAAAUUUCACAUAAUUUCACAUGUGAAAGUGAAAAUUCACAUGUAUACACUGUUAAUUUGAAGGUGUUAAAAUAACACCAAAAAUGGUGUCAAAUAAAAAGGUACAAAAUAACACCUUUUUGGGUGCUAUUUUAACACCACUUUGUAGGGUGUCAAAUUAGCACCUGCAAAGGUGUUAAAAUAACUCCAUUUUUAGUGUCAUAAUAGCACCCUUUUCGGUGUUGUUUUAGCACUCUAACCUUAGUGUUAAAAUAACACUCAAUUUUAGUGUUAUUUUAGCAUUACCGAAUAUUAAAAAUGUAUAUCCCUUCUAUCCAACACACAAAACAAUUAAUAAAAUAAUCUGUUGAAAAAUUUAUUUACAUUAUACUUUACAGCAUUACUUAUCUAUGUCAUAUAUGAAGUUUAUAGUAAAUUCAGAGUUAUUGCACCUAAGGUUUACACUAUAUAGAAACAUUCACAGAAAUAGACCAUGAUUGUGACGCCAUAACUCUCCUCGUACUACACUCUAGUCAUUAAAGAUAAGGACAAUACCGUAAACUUCCAACUAUAAGCCCUGGGCUUACAUUCUUUCGUAAGCAAUUUUUGAUGGGCUUAUAUAAGGGGGGGGACUUAUAUACAGGGGGCGUAUACAUGGACAAUCUUUUGUGUUAGUUUAAUAGUAAUAAACAAGUAUAGUAAUAGUGAUAAACAAGUGUUAAACAAGCAUAGUAAUAAUAAUGAUAAAUAGUUGUAAUAGUGAUAAACAAGUGGGCUUAUUUAUAUUUGGGUGGGCUUAUAUUCAGGGGGGGCUUAUAUUUGGAAUGAGGUGAGCGUUAGUACAUGUGGUGGGCUUAUACGUGGGGGGGGGACUUAUACAUGGGGGGCUUAUAUUUGGAGAUUUACGGUAUAUCCUGCAUGUACAAUACAUGCAUUACAUUAAUGAUAUAAUAUCAUCAUUAUCAUAAAUUGUGCAUUAUCAUAAACUGCAGGUUGUUGGCUACAUUGCACAAUUUGAAUUUUUCACAAACAUUCCCUCUGCAAUCAAUGAAAUCAAACUUAUCUCUUCCAGAGGUCCAGUACCAAUAGACAAGGGGUUGAGAUCCUGAUAAAAGGGAUUGAGCAUCCUCUACACAAAAAUAUUUAAACAUAGAAUAAAUUUCUGUACAGUAUGCAUACACAUAUAUAGAUUAAGUUCUUUCAAUUAAGUAUCUUAAUCUAUGUUAAUUGCUUAAUCCAUGUCCAUAAUAUAAACACACAGAUACUAAACAAUUGUUUCUUCAAAACCUGUAAUCACUGUAAUCAAUCAUACAGCAAAGUAGACUAUUCACUAGCUACAGUUGCAAACAGUAGAUUGUUUAACUACCUGAAAAAAUAAGAAUUUCUUUGAAUGAUUUUCUUAUUUUUCAAUCAGUAAUUAAACAACCUACUUUUGAAAAUACUUCUCACAAUUACAUACUUUGAUUCAGUUGGAUCAUUUCAAUACAGUUUAUAUCCGUCACAAUCCAAAUGAAAGUUUAUGUUACCGGUGAAGAUAAUUUGUAACCAAUAGAAUCUUUGCUGAAUGGUACUCUAACCCAUUAAGUGGGAGCCCUCUCCCCUUGACAAGUAAAAUCGUCUGGUGUUAGACAAAGUAAAAUAAUAAAGUAGGGUGCAAUUUAUGUGGCAUAGUUGACAUGAAGGGGUAACUAGGCACAUGAGCAGAUAUGACAGGUAACCCAUUAAGCACCAGCUCUCUCCCCCUGAUAAGUAAAAUCAUCUGGGAUCAGACAGAGUUAAAUAGUCUGGUAUUAAAUAAAGUAAAAUAAUAAAGUAGGGCAUAUCAGAGCAUAAUGCAACUCAAUCUGUAAUUUUCUGUGGUGAGUCGGCUACAAAAUGAAAAUUGGUAUUAUUUUACAUUCCAAGUUUAUUUGUAGAUACUGUAAUUCAUUGUCAAUUAAUAAUUUAACGUCAAUUAUUGACCAUUUAUUGGCAUUAAUUGUCAAAUUGCCACAAGAUAACAGAUAUAAGUUCACAUAAAACCCACCCACUUAUAAUGUCGAUUCGAUGUUGUUGUGGCAACAUGAAUCUCAGAAGCAUAUAAACAAUAGUAUGAGGGACUCAAACAUGUAUCCUCAAUAUAUUCAGGGAAUUUAGGAACAUUCUACCUGGGUUGUCUGGAUAUUAAAUAGAAAUACAGCUAUUUACUAUGAUAGCACAAUAUAGAUAACACAAAGGAAGGAUUGUUCUGCUCUUAGGCCCCAUUUACAUGAAACCGGGACGAAGUCAAACUGGAAGGAAAAUUGAAAUU